GUGCGGCCUUAAUCAUCAUCGUCGUCCUGUCCGUGAAAGUCGAAAAGUGCGCUCCGCGUUUGCUUGUGGAAUUUUCACGAAAUUCCUCUGUUGUCGGUCCUUUCUACGCCUUUAAUCGGGACUUAAAUACAUUUCGCUCCAUCGUUGUGACCGGGUAUUAAAUAAAAACUGUAAAAAUAGUGUUAUUCUUGCUGGAGUGGGCCGUCGAAAACCGAACCUUCUAUCCAUCAAGCAAGUGAAAAAUCUGUUUAGGGUAGUGUGCCGUUAAUCGAAUCAAGAUAACUGGAUUAAGUUUGGGCAUCUGUUACAUAACGCUUCAUUGUUUUCAUGGCAUACUAGGAUUUUUCGCAUUGUUCAAUGCAAAAAGAUACAAAUUAGCGGUUUCCAUCUGAGGCCAGAUUUGCGACUGAAAAAUCGAUAAAAAUACGAUCGAAGGGUCAUCGGGCAAAAAUGUUUUGCAAGUGACAAGCGGUGUCGACAUUCAUGAGAGCAAAACGUCAAAAAAGUGUUCAUGUGGCAGAUUUGUGACACCAAAAGUAGAUCCUAAAUUCGAAGUUCGAUUGUGACUUGCUGGAGUGCUUUGUGAAAUAAUAAUUAAAUUGUUACUAGAAAUCAAAUUCCUAUCAGAAGUGCUUGUUCUUGACUCGUAGGUGUAUGAAUACUGAAGUCAUCACAAUAGAACGCUUUUUCGAACACGGUCGCCGCCAUGUUGAAAUUGUGAGAGUGGAGAGGCGAUUCAAUUGAACUGCACGAAGAAAAUCAGCGGAAGCGGAGUUUUUCUGUUUUUUCCCGUGAAAAACUGUGCGGAAAGUGUUGAAAAGUAUACCAUUUUGUUGCUUGCGAGUCCGUGAUUAAACCGCCAACAUGUCGCAGGCUCUCCCGAUUCGUUUCCAGGAGCAUUUGCAGCUCACCAACAUCAACAUCAAUCCGAGCUCAAUCUCCUUCACCAACCUGACUAUGGAAUCCGACAAGUUUAUCUGCGUCCGAGAGAAAAUCGGCGAAACGGCGCAAGUCGUCAUUAUCGAUAUGAACGAUGCGCAAAAUCCCAUUCGUCGGCCGAUAAGCGCUGAUUCAGCUAUUAUGAAUCCUGCUAGCAAGGUCAUCGCUCUCAAAGGUCCCGCAGCUCAAAAGACUCUUCAAAUUUUUAACAUCGAGAUGAAAUCAAAAAUGAAGGCCCACGCAAUGACCGAGGAGGUCGUCUUCUGGAAGUGGAUCACGCUGAACACCUUGUCCUUGGUGACUGAAACUUCGGUUUACCAUUGGUCCAUGGAAGGAGACUCGACCCCAGUGAAAAUGUUCGAACGACACUCAUCGCUGAAUGGAUGCCAAAUCAUCAACUAUAGAACCGAUCCCAAGCAGGCUUGGCUUCUUCUAGUUGGUAUUUCUGCUCAGCAAAACCGUGUGAUCGGGGCAAUGCAACUAUACUCAGUGGAACGCAAAGUGUCCCAGGCAAUCGAAGGUCACGCAGCGUCGUUCGCGACAUUCAAGAUGGAAGAGAACAAGGAACCAUCUACGUUGUUCUGUUUCGCCGUACGUUCGGCCAAUGCUGCCAAACUGCAUAUCAUUGAAGUUGGUGCACCCCCAACUGGCAACACUGCUUUCACGAAGAAAGCCGUGGAUGUCUUCUUCCCACCGGAAGCGCAGAGCGACUUCCCAGUAGCGAUGCAAGUUUCGCCAAAAUACGACGUCAUUUACUUGAUCACCAAAUAUGGGUACAUUCAUAUGUACGACAUCGAAACAGGCACAUGUAUCUAUAUGAACCGUAUUUCGGCGGAUACAAUUUUCGUAACGGCCCCACACGAAUCCAGUGGAGGCAUAAUUGGUGUCAAUCGCAAAGGUCAAGUACUGUCCGUAACAGUUGAUGAGGAACAGAUCAUUCCAUACAUCAAUACGGUUCUGCAAAAUCCCGACCUUGCUCUGCGUAUGGCUGUCCGCAACAAUCUUUCCGGCGCAGAAGAUUUGUUUGUUCGUAAGUUCAACCAACUGUUCCAAAACGGUCAGUAUGCCGAAGCUGCCAAGGUUGCAGCUAUUGCUCCCAGAGGAAUCCUUCGUACCCCUCAAACUAUCCAAAAAUUCCAACAAGUUCCCGCCCAACCUGGAACUAACUCUCCUCCUUUGUUGCAAUACUUCGGUAUCCUGCUCGAUCAAGGCAAGCUGAACAAAUAUGAAUCUCUUGAACUGUGUCGCCCUGUUUUGGCCCAGGGUCGUAAGCAACUGUGCGAGAAGUGGCUGAAAGAGGAGAAACUGGAGUGUAGCGAAGAGCUGGGUGAUCUGGUGAAGCCAUCGGAUCCAACAUUGGCCUUGUCCAUCUAUCUACGCUCGAAUGUCCCGAAUAAGGUCAUUCAAUGCUUCGCAGAGACCGGCCAAUUCCAGAAGAUAGUUCUUUAUGCAAAGAAAGUUAACUACAGCCCGGAUUAUAUCUUCUUGUUACGCUCCGUUAUGCGUACCAAUCCGGAACAAGGCGCUGGAUUCGCAAGUAUGUUGGUUGCCGACGAAGAACCUCUGGCCGACAUUAAUCAGAUCGUAGACAUCUUCAUGGAGCAAAACAUGGUUCAGCAGUGUACCGCUUUCCUCUUGGAUGCUUUGAAAAACAAUCGUCCCAGCGAAGGAGCACUUCAAACCCGUCUGUUGGAAAUGAAUUUGAUGUCGGCUCCUCAGGUGGCAGAUGCUAUUCUUGGUAACGCUAUGUUCACUCAUUACGAUCGAGCCCACAUCGCCCAGCUAUGCGAGAAGGCCGGAUUGUUGCAGCGUGCUUUGGAGCAUUAUACGGAUUUGUAUGACAUUAAGCGUGCUGUUGUCCAUACGCAUCUGUUGAACGGAGAUUGGCUGGUUGGAUUCUUCGGUACAUUGUCGGUUGAGGAUUCGUUGGAAUGUUUGAAGGCAAUGCUAACUGCCAACAUUCGCCAGAAUUUGCAAAUCUGUGUACAAAUUGCGACCAAAUAUCAUGAACAGCUAACUACAAAGGCGUUGAUUGACUUGUUUGAGAGCUUCAAGAGCUACGAAGGAUUGUUCUACUUCCUUGGAUCAAUUGUCAACUUCAGCCAGGAUCCGGAAGUGCACUUCAAGUAUAUUCAAGCAGCAUGCAAGACGAACCAAAUUAAGGAAGUCGAACGUAUUUGCCGCGAGUCCAAUUGCUACAACGCCGAACGUGUUAAGAACUUCCUCAAGGAAGCUAAGUUGACCGAUCAACUCCCGUUGAUCAUCGUUUGCGACCGUUUCGAUUUUGUCCACGACCUUGUACUGUAUCUGUACCGCAACAGUCUGCAGAAAUAUAUUGAAAUUUAUGUGCAAAAGGUGAAUCCAUCUCGACUCCCGGUCGUCGUCGGAGGACUGCUGGAUGUCGACUGUUCUGAGGACAUCAUCAAGAACCUGAUCCUGGUAGUGAAAGGUCAAUUCUCAACAGACGAGCUUGUAGAAGAAGUUGAAAAGCGCAAUCGUCUCAAGUUGUUGCUUCCGUGGCUGGAAUCCCGUGUCCACGAGGGUUGUAUUGAACCGGCAACUCAUAAUGCCCUGGCUAAAAUCUACAUCGAUUCGAAUAAUAAUCCGGAAAGGUUUUUGAAGGAGAACCAAUUCUACGACAGCCGUGUGGUGGGAAGAUACUGCGAAAAACGCGAUCCUCAUUUGGCUUGCGUUGCCUACGAACGUGGACAUUGUGACCGAGAGCUGAUUGCUGUGUGUAAUGAAAACUCGCUCUUCAAAUCCGAAGCCAGAUAUCUGGUUCGUCGGCGUGAUGCAGAACUGUGGGCCGAUGUGCUAUCGGAAUCGAACCCGUACAAACGUCAACUAAUCGAUCAAGUGGUGCAGACUGCUCUUUCCGAAACACAGGAUCCGGAUGACAUCUCCGUUACUGUGAAAGCCUUCAUGACCGCUGAUUUGCCGAACGAGUUGAUUGAAUUGCUGGAAAAAAUUGUGUUGGAUUCUUCGGUGUUCUCGGAUCAUCGCAAUCUACAAAAUCUGCUCAUUCUCACGGCAAUCAAAGCUGACAGAAGCCGAGUCAUGGAUUACAUUAACCGUUUGGACAAUUACGAUGCACCUGAUAUUGCCAACAUUGCUAUCAACAACGAACUGUACGAGGAAGCGUUCGCAAUUUUCAAGAAAUUCGAUGUCAAUACUUCUGCUAUUCAGGUUUUGAUCGAGCAGGUGCACAAUUUGGAGAGAGCAAAUGAAUUCGCCGAACGCUGCAAUGAACCGGCAGUUUGGUCCCAAUUGGCGCGAGCACAAUUACAACAAGGCUUGGUUAAGGAAGCCAUCGACAGUUACAUCAAGGCCGAUGAUCCUAGCGCAUAUAUGGACGUUGUAGAAACUGCUAGCAAGAAUGAAUCGUGGGAAGAUUUGGUACGCUAUCUGCAGAUGGCACGCAAGAAGGCUCGUGAAAGCUAUAUCGAAAGCGAAUUGAUUUAUGCCUACGCUCGGACUGGUCGUCUGGCAGAUUUGGAAGAAUUCGUCUCCGGACCGAAUCAUGCUGAUAUCCAGAAGAUCGGUGAUCGUUGUUUCAAUGAUAAAAUGUACGAAGCCGCCAAAUUGCUCUACAACAAUGUCAGCAAUUUCGCCAGGUUGGCUAUCACUUUGGUGCAUUUGAAAGAGUUCCAAGGAGCGGUGGAUGGCGCGAGAAAAGCCAAUUCGACUCGUACGUGGAAGGAGGUUUGCUUCGCUUGUGUUGAUGCCGAGGAAUUCCGAUUGGCUCAGAUGUGCGGAUUGCACAUUGUGGUUCAUGCGGACGAGCUGGAAGAUUUGAUCACUUACUAUCAAGAUCGAGGUCAUUUCGAAGAGUUGAUUGGACUCCUUGAAGCAGCACUCGGUCUGGAGCGCGCCCAUAUGGGCAUGUUUACCGAGUUGGCCAUCCUCUACUCGAAAUACAAACCAGCUAAAAUGCGUGAACACUUGGAGCUAUUCUGGUCACGUGUUAACAUUCCUAAAGUACUUCGCGCCGCAGAACAAGCUCAUCUCUGGUCGGAAUUGGUGUUCUUGUACGACAAAUACGAGGAGUACGACAAUGCUGUACUGGCGAUGAUGGCUCACCCUACUGAAGCAUGGAGGGAAGGACACUUCAAAGACAUUAUUACAAAGGUGGCCAACAUUGAGCUCUACUACAAGGCCAUUCAGUUCUAUCUCGAUUACAAGCCGCUUCUGCUGAACGAUAUGCUCCUCGUGCUGGCACCUCGCAUGGACCAUACUCGUUCGGUAAACUUCUUCACAAAGCAAGGACAUCUACAGUUGGUUAAGACAUACCUUCGUUCCGUGCAAAGCUUAAACAACAAGGCAAUCAAUGAAGCACUAAAUGGACUCUUAAUUGACGAAGAGGACUAUCAGGGCCUCAGAACUUCGAUCGACGCGUUCGACAACUUUGACAACAUCGCUCUUGCUCAGAAACUGGAGAAACACGAACUAACGGAAUUCAGACGAAUUGCUGCUUACUUGUACAAAGGAAACAAUCGCUGGAAGCAGAGUGUGGAAUUGUGCAAAAAGGACCGUCUCUUCAAAGACGCCAUGGAAUAUGCGGCCGAGUCACAUCAAGGUGAAUUGGCAGAAGAGUUGCUUGGUUGGUUCCUAGAACGUGGCGCGCACGAUUGUUUCGUGGCAUGUUUAUUCCAGUGCUACGACCUCCUGCGCCCAGAUAUCAUCUUGGAGCUGGCAUGGCGUCACAAUAUUAUGGACUUUGCGAUGCCCUAUUUAAUACAGGUGACACGAGAAUACACAUCCAAGGUUGAUAAGCUGGAAGUGGCCGAUGCUGAACGGCAAAAGGAAGGAGAGAACUCCGAACACAAAUCAAUCAUUCUGCCCGAACCCCAACUCAUGUUAACCGCUGGUCCGGGAAUGGGAAUGCCACAAUACGCCCCGCAAUAUGCCGGAGGUUACGUGCCGGCGCAACCAAAUAUGUCACCAUAUCCGGGAUAUGGUGCGUUCAGCUAAGGUGAACAUUACUGAUCAUUUCGUUUUCAACUAGUUGUACAAGAGAGGUUAUAUAUAUUAUCGCAAACAUGAAUAUAGAAAAUCAGAAAUUAAGAUAUAACAACUAAACUAUAAACCGAAGAGUUCGGAUGCUAUAUUUAUUAAUAUGUUGAUAUAUUUUUUCAAUUAAAUCUAAAUUGUGUUAGUCACUUUCAACGAGACUAAAAUUAAACAAUAAAGAUAAUGCCCAUCUCAAAAGCGAUCUUACUCUAUCCAUCUACUACAGCCGUGGUACGCAAAUUUAGCCAUGUAUUUACAUCACACAAAUUGAAUAAAUGAAAAAUCAGUCUAUUAUUUUAAACAAUCAAUUACAAAUUGUCAGAAAAGUGAAAUACUACUCCCAAAGAAAACGUGGAUACCAUAUGUAGUUCAAGUGUACUUUUCAUCAGGGCAUCUGUUAUUUGUUGAAUAUAUGUGUGGUUUAAAGAUGUGGUUACUUAUUUUGGUACCAUUGGCUGUGUCUAUUUAGCAAACAUCGUUGAUAAAUUAAUAAGCAGUGAUGAAGUUAAAACUAUCUUCGGAAGAUUUGUUUUGCAACAAGCGUCGUUAGAUUCAAAUCUACAAAAAUAUUGUAAAUAUAUUCAAAAAUGGAAAAAGGCUUAUAUAAUUCACAAAUUAUAUAAAAUAUAUAAAACCGAAUUGUAGGUAUCUCCGGUGGUGCAAAUCGUUAAAAAAUGAUAAAACAUUAGUUCUCCGAUGCAGUAGAUAUAAACACUUGAAGAGUUUUAUUUUACCAAAUUGAUUUCUAAAGUACAUUUUUUUGAGAAAAAAUUAAGAAGAAAUAGAUUUAUACAUAAACAAAAUCAGUAUUUUUUUCCUAAAUUAGGUCACUUUCAUUUCAAUUGACCCAAUGUAUCACAUUCAACGUUGUUUGCUAGUCACCUUUGCUUUCCUUCGACAAUUCGUUACUAUGAACUUUUCAAUGGUUUUAUGUCUGUGUUUUACAAACAAUCAUAAAUUUGCAUUCCUUUCUAAAAUAAAUUAUACGAGAGUUAAAACGUCGUUAUGAGGCAUGAUGAAAGAGGUGACUUGCCAGUUUCGCUGUAUUGUCUGACUUUUCAGUAGUUAUGUUAUCGAAGUCAUGUAUCAUAAAUCAUACGCGAGAUACAAAUUCAUAGAACAACUCAACAAAAAUAUGUAUCAAGCCAACUAAUGCUGUAAUAUGGCCGAACUAGCUGUCAUAAUCGCAUACGUGCAAUUCGUAUGGUCCCGUUAUGCGAUUAUGGGAAGCUUAUCACACAGAGUCGUAUAGUACUAUACUUAGUAGAAAAUAUAUUGAUAUAUGCUUAAAUCA